CAUUGCAUCCAUUCUGGUUACCCUACUGUACACACUGCCUGCCUCCGUGCCAGCGCCGAGUACACCCUUGGCACACUUACAUCUCUUUCAAGCCUUGCCCUGCUUUGGAUUAGGUGGCUGUAUCCGUCCCGUGGAUUCCUGUAUGUCCACUAAGGGCAGAAAAUGCAAGGAGCUGCCCACUGCCAGGGUCAGCUUUCCGGACUUGGGCGAGCGUGGAGGAUGGCUGGCAAAAAACGGGGGGCAGUGGGCUCCGCUGCCCCAACCCAGGGGGGUCCUGGUUCUGCCUGCUGAGAGCAGUUCCUUUAUGGCUGGGGGAUCUCACAGUGACAGCUACCACUUUCACUCUUUAGCAGGUGAAGGGAGCCCGUCCAUGAGGCGUGUUACGAUGAUGAGAGAAAAGGGAAGAAGGCAGGCUGUUCGAGGCCCAGCAUUCAUGUUCAACAACAGAGGUCCAAACCUGACUCCAGAGGAGGAGCGUUUUCUGGAUGCUGCUGAGUACGGAAACAUCCCCGUGGUCCGAAAGAUGCUAGAGGAGUCAAAGACCUUGAAUGUAAACUGUGUAGACUACAUGGGUCAAAAUGCCCUCCAGUUAGCAGUGGGGAAUGAACAUUUAGAAGUGACAGAGCUUUUGCUCAAGAAAGAGAACUUGGCACGUAUUGGAGAUGCUCUGCUUCUUGCAAUCAGCAAAGGAUAUGUUAGGAUAGUGGAGGCCAUCUUGAACCAUUCAGCUUUUGCAGCUAGCAAAAGACUCACCCUUAGCCCCUGUGAGCAGGAGCUUCAGGAUGAUGACUUUUAUUCAUACGAUGAAGAUGGCACCAGGUUUUCCCCAGACAUCACCCCCAUCAUUCUUGCUGCUCAUUGUCAGAAAUACGAAGUUGUGCAUAUGCUGUUAAUAAAAGGUGCCAAGAUCGAAAGGCCCCAUGAUUAUUUCUGCAAGUGCAACGACUGCACUGAAAAACAGAAGCAUGACUCAUUUAGCCACUCAAGGUCAAGGAUAAAUGCCUACAAAGGAUUGGCAAGUCCAGCCUACUUGUCACUUUCCAGUGAAGAUCCGGUACACACAGCAUUAGAGUUAAGCAAUGAGCUUGCUAAGCUGGCUAACAUUGAAAAAGAAUUCAAGAAUGAUUAUCGCAAGCUGUCUAUGCAAUGCAAAGAUUUUGUGGUUGGUGUCCUUGACCUGUGCCGGGACUCGGAAGAAGUGGAGGCAAUUUUGAAUGGAGAUGUAGAUGCUGAGCCUGUGGACUCUCAUAGACCUUCUCUUAGCAGAGUGAAGCUGGCCAUUAAAUAUGAAGUAAAGAAGUUUGUGGCACAUCCUAAUUGCCAGCAACAGCUAUUAACUAUCUGGUAUGAAAAUCUCUCAGGAUUACGAGAACAGCCGAUCGCUAUCAAGUGUUUGGUUGUGCUGAUUGUUGCCCUUGGUCUCCCGUUCCUUGCUGUUGGCUAUUGGAUAGCACCAUGUAGCCGGCUCGGCAAAGUUCUUCGUAGCCCCUUUAUGAAAUUUGUAGCUCACGCGGCAUCGUUCAUCAUCUUCCUGUGUCUGUUAGUGUUCAAUGCAUCUGACCGGUUCGAGGGCAUUAAAACACUACCGAACAUCACUGUCAUUGAAUAUCCAAAGCAAAUCUUCAGAGUAAAAACGACAAGGUUCACUUGGACAGAGAUGCUCAUAAUGGUGUGGGUUGUAGGAAUGAUGUGGUCAGAGUGCAAGGAGCUCUGGCUAGAAGGCCCAAGAGAAUACAUUCUGCAGCUAUGGAAUGUGCUGGAUUUUGGGAUGCUAUCUAUUUUUAUUGCAGCUUUUACUGCCAGGCUUCUUGCCUUUAUGCAAGCCACCAAAGCCCAACAAUAUGUGGACAAAAACAUCCAAGAGAGCGACCUUUCAUUGGUCACACUUCCACCGGAAAUUGAGUAUUUCACCUACGCUAGAGACAAAUGGCUCCCGUCCGAUCCACAAAUUAUAUCUGAAGGUCUAUAUGCUAUUGCCGUAGUCCUCAGCUUCUCUCGCAUUGCCUAUAUCCUCCCAGCCAAUGAGAGCUUCGGACCACUGCAAAUAUCUCUUGGCAGAACCGUCAAAGACAUUUUUAAGUUCAUGGUUCUCUUUAUCAUGGUAUUUCUUGCAUUCAUGAUUGGGAUGUUUAUCCUGUAUUCCUACUAUCUUGGGGCUAAAGUGAAUUCUGCUUUCACAACAGUUGAAGAAAGUUUCAAAACUUUGUUCUGGUCCAUAUUUGGCCUCUCUGAAGUAACCUCUGUGGUUCUAAAAUAUGACCACAAGUUCAUCGAGAACAUUGGUUAUGUCCUUUAUGGAAUCUACAACGUCACUAUGGUGGUUGUUCUUCUAAACAUGUUAAUAGCCAUGAUUAACAGCUCCUAUCAAGAAAUAGAGGAUGACAGUGAUGUUGAGUGGAAAUUUGCCAGAUCCAAGCUUUGGUUAUCUUACUUUGAUGAAGGUAAAACAUUGCCUCCACCUUACAGCGUUGUACCAAGCCCCAAAUCAUUUGUAUACCUUAUCUUGAGGAUCUUCAACUUCCUCAAGUGCAGGACAAGAAGACUUCAAAAGGACAUUGAAAUUGGAAUGGCCGAUUCUAAGUCCCGGUUGAAUCUGUUUUCUCAGUCUAAUGCAAAGGCUUUCGAGUCACUGGGUUUUAAUAGUAUUCUUAAUCAACCAUCUCGCUAUCAGCAAAUAAUGAAAAGGCUGAUAAAGAGAUAUGUCUUGAGAGCACAAGUAGACCGAGAAAAUGAUGAAGUAAAUGAAGGCGAAUUAAAAGAAAUAAAGCAAGAUAUCUCUAGUCUCCGAUAUGAACUUCUAGAAGACAAGUCGCAAGCCACAGAAGAAUUGUCUGCCUUGAUUCACAAAUUGAGUGAAAAGCUUAAUACCAACAUAUCGCGUUGCGAAUGAAACGGAUUUCCUAGAAGUGCAUAUGAUGGCAAUAAAACAAAAAACAGCAUCUGAUACUUGAAAAAUAAAAAUGUCUGGUAAACUUAUAGCACAUUAUAUAUAUAUAUUUGUCAUUGGGGAUUUUCACUUUUCCUUGAUUAUCUGUAUUGACUUUCAGCUUCAGGAGGAAAAUAGAAUUUUUUGCCAGUA